AAGUAGAAUCUCAUGUCCGAUACGGACGCACGCUUGAAACGGGACAAAUCCCUGUAUUUCGACGAUGGCAACGUCGUAAUCGCAGCUGCAUUAACACCAACCAAGAACGGUCUCCUAUUCCGUGUGCACAAGUCCAUCCUCGCCAAAAACUCCCUUGUUUUCGCGGACAUGUUCACGCUACCCGACAUUUCUCCUCGUACAGAAGCUGAGACGAAUGACUUAUACGACGGUGUACCCGUUGUCCCGAUGUAUGACAAACCACAGGAUGUUCGUGGCUUGUUGCAUUUCUUCUAUGAUGCUCCAUCUGUCGUUCUCAGUCGCUACGAUCCGGAGACUCCCAGCAAGAUCGAUGGUAUCUUGACUCUUGCCAAGAAAUACCGGAUUACCCCUCUAUGGGACCGGCUGGUCGACCAUUUCAAGGCGGACUGGCCGCAAACUCUCACUGACUGGGACGUACUCGAGAGCGAAAUGGCAAUUCGUCAACAAGCUCGACUAGAACUCGCGGAGGACCUGCCAUUUAUUGACGAAGUCUUUCCUGAGCCCGGAGCUGCUAUUAGACUCGCGCGGGACCUUGAUAUUCAAGAGGUUCUGCCGGCGGCGUUCUACCACCUCUCCAGGCUCAAGAUAACCCAAGAUCGCAGGGUCGAAGGCCAGAGCUCCGAGUCGAAUCAUGAAGACGACCUAAUAUGGCAUCGUGUAGAGGGCGGCCGAACUGCCAACUGGUCUUUCCUGUCUAUAGAGGACUUUAGGUGCUUGCUGUCCGGGCGGGAGAAUAUUGAACGAUACCUCAGGACGAAGUAUCCUGAUUUCUCACUUCUUUGCAGGAAAGAGGGCGCGAAAUGCGACGUCAGGAAAGUUUCUUGUUCUAAGCUUGAGUUAUUGUACCAUUCGUCGGACAUAUUGCAUGACCUCAAAGACUUCAUUCCCGAGAAAGGACAUACUGAAGAGGAAAUAUGUGGUUGGUGUCGUCUGCGCGUGAACGACGUUGCAAGCGCAGUACGAAUGGAACUUUGGUACAAACUUAGCGAAUUCUUCUCCCUCCCUCCUCUCCCAGAUCAAUGAUUCAUUGCAGCCUCACGGUCUUUCGCUCACCUGUGUUUAGUGCCUGUUGUAUAUUAGAACCCUUGUGUCUUUGUUGGUUGUUUUAGUUGUGAACGC